AACGCAUUUGUGCAGCGGUGGGCGGUAAAAGUCUCCAAAACAGCCGAGAGACUUAUAAAUGUGAAGACAUCUCACAGGUGAUGGCAACUUCACUUCUUGGGGAGGAACCGAGGGUUGGAUCCACUCCACUGGCCAUGUUAGCAGCAACCUGUAACAAAAUCGGGAGCUCGAGUCCCUCGUCGGACAGCGGCUCGUUUGGAAAAGGAGGUUUCCACCCGUGGAAGCGCGCGGCGCCCAGCAGCUGUUCUCUCUCCCCGUUCGGCGCGCAACGGAACGAGACAUUCAGCGCCAACACCUCGUUCUCCCUAACGGGCUCGAACACGUCCACCAGUCCGUUUGGAAACGAUUACCCCGUGUUUCAGAUGUCAGUCGCGAACAGUUCCCCGGACCCGAGCGCGCAGUCGGUGUUCAUCUCGAAAGUGGACACUCUGCAGGGGAUUUACCCGAGGAUGAGCGUCGCGCACCCGUAUGAGACUUGGUUCAAAUCCGCGCACGGUGGCAUCUCCGCCGGGGACGUGGGCACUGGCAGCGGGUCGUCUUGGUGGGAUAUGGGCACCGGAUGGAUUGAUGUUCAAAGCGCGAACGGCGCCGCGCUCCAGACCUCUUUGCACUCGCCCCUGAGCGGGUACAACUCAGACUAUUCCUCCAUAACUCACCCCGCGUUCAGUAGCAGUCCAUCCCCGCAUCUUCUUACUGGUGGGCAGCACCUGAUGGACGGAUUCAAACCGGUUUUAUCCGCCACCUACCCAGAAACCAGUCCCGGUGCAACAGGCGCAGUUUUAUCCGGGUCCCCGGUGUUACCGCUCGCCGGGUCACCACGCUCAUCCAGCAGGCGCUACUCGGGCAGAGCCACUUGCGACUGUCCGAACUGCCACGAGGCGGAGAGGUUAGGGCCCGCGGGGGCCAGUCUGCGCAGAAAGGGCCUCCACAGUUGCCACAUCCCGGGCUGCGGGAAAGUUUACGGAAAGACUUCUCACCUCAAAGCGCAUUUGCGCUGGCACACCGGCGAGAGGCCGUUCGUCUGUAACUGGCUGUUCUGCGGGAAGCGCUUCACCAGGUCCGACGAGCUCCAGCGGCAUUUACGCACACACACCGGGGAAAAGAGAUUCGCCUGUCCGGUGUGCAACAAGCGCUUCAUGCGCAGCGACCAUCUCAGUAAACACGUGAAAACACACAGCGCAUGCGAGCCCGGGUCAACCGGGGUUAAAAAGGGCAGCGAUACCGACAGCGAACAGAGUGUACCGGGCAGCCCAGCCUGCCAGUCCCCGGACAUCAUCCACACCACAGAACCCGUGCAGAACGGCCUCUGAAAACAACCAUUAAAGAUAAACGAUACAAUUAAAAAAAAAAAAAAAACAACUCUUUACUGUCAAAUUCAUUCGAAAUGGGUGUAUUGGUGAUUAAAGAACCCCGAAACACUGACCUGAAGAAAUGAUAUCCAAAGAAACAUAUCAUUCUUUUAGAAAAAGGUUUCAUAAUGUUCGUCUUAGAGUCAAUUUUAACUCUACAAAACUAUUAAGGUUCAUCCUCCUGAGACCCAGAAAACGUUUUUUGAAUUUAGUAUGUUUAGAGCAUAAGAAAAAGUUUUAAUUGUUUUUUUAUUCUUAUUUUAUGCUAUGUCCUCUGUAUAGUGGCAAGACAUAAAAUGAAAGUGCAUGGCAAAAACAAUCAAUUUUUGUAGGAUUUUUUUUUUAACCAAACUUUGUAUAAAGAUGAUUCUUACCUAUGUUAUGAAAAAUUAACGGAAGGAAUUUACAAUUAAGUGGGUAAAAUGGCCAUAACUGCAUAGUCCCAUUCAAUACACUUUAUUUUGUAAUGUAUUCUUGGGGCAACAUGUAGUAAAAAAGAAGCCAACAUUUUCAUAAUAAUAUCUAGGCUACUAUUUUACAGGAAUAUUAUCGUAAGGUUUCUGUUUCUUAACAGAAAGUCAUAUUUGGAUUAGAAACCCCAUACAUUCUCCCGAAAUGUUGAUUGCAAUUGCCAAUUUUGUGUCAUUUUUAAAGACCAAGGAGAAGUUUUUGUGAUGGCGAAACCUUCAAAACACGUGAUAUCUCUUUAAAUUGGUGUCAGAGAAUAUCACUAUUCCUGGGUCCUAGGAGGACACGGAACCACCAGAACCUUUAUUUUAUUAGAGUAAAUUCAAGAAACCUGCAGAAGUGGUUCUUAUCGCGUUUUUUUGGUGAACUAUAAUGUCUCCAAAGAACCAGAACGGCCUUUGUUUUGAAGAGCGUCACACGUGGACGCGCAAUGGACUAAAUAAAGGCCAGUGGGUUUUUAUCGAUCUAUUAACUUUGUUUUCUCAUAUUUGACUGUAAAUCAGCUCUCAGGUGUUCUUUAUGGAUACAGUGAUGAAAAUAACCUGAACUUUCAUAUUUGCGCUGCAUUUGCCAUAUCGAUUCUCCAUGUCUGAGGCACUUUAUUAGCUAAAUAAGAAAAUCAAGGAUUUUAUUUCCCAACAGAGGCACAAUUGUCUUCUAACUCUGUAUUUGUCAGUUUCAUUUUGUGCUCCUUUGAUUUUGAAAUGCACGCAUAAUUCGGAGAUUUCUGUUCAUUGGUCUUCUUUUCCUCGUGCAGUAUGACAGUGAAUCUGAAUUCGUCUCAAUGCAAAGUGAAAUUGUACAUAGAAUUGUCUUGGAACUCUAUUUAUCAUCGAGUUUGAUUUGUGCUUUGAAGUCUAUCAGAGUCGCACUUUGGAUCUAUAUUUAUAAUUUCAGGAUCGAAUCAACUCGAUCGGUUUGUUUCUCUUUUGUUGUAUAUUAUUAUUUAAUUGAGCAUGUGUUUGUAUCUACUGACCGUUUACUUUGAGGUAAUAAAGUCACAUUUGACUUGCA